AUGCAACCUACUUUUCCACUGCUUCGACUACCCGAGAAUGCCACCAUCAAAGUUCUCAGAAACUUGAGUUUGGAACAAUUGUUCUUCAUCUCCCUUGUCUCGUCGAAAACUAAACGUCUCGUGACAUCAUUGGGAUUAAGAGCCGAUCGUGUUGACAUCAGGAUUGACCGUUUAAAUGAAGUAGUUGUGCACACUCAAGCUCCUUAUUUGAAUUUGACACUUCGACCAUUCACACUAUUAGAGUUCAAGGAUUGGAUGAAUCAUAUUAGAACUAUUUUCUGUUUCACUUCUCCAGCGAAUGUUCUCCAGCGAAUGUUGUUUUUUCAAAACUCUGUGAGAUUUACCGUUCAAUCGUUGAAAGAUGCAAUUGGAAAUGUCAGCGAUCUCUUUCUGUCUAGACAAUUGACGGAUGUUAUGAGCAGGAACGUUUUGAAACAUUUCAAUACUCCCAGCACAUUAUUUCUGUAUAGGAACCCAUUUGAAGAAGUCUCAGAAAUUCAAAAGAUCUUUAUUCAAAACUUCAAAACAAUUUCAUUUCAUGAUGUAUACUCAUUGGAUGAUAUGUUAUUGGUCAAUAGUGAAUCGGUUCAAUUCACAAAACCAAUAUCUCAAAAACGAUUUAACCGAUUCGUUAAGCUUUGGAUCUGUGGAUCUAAUCCAAGACUGCAACGCAUGGAUUUAUCAAUCAAUAAAACUGAUGUUGCCAGUGGAGAAGUGUAUUUGGAAGGAAUCAGAUGUAUGGAAAUGAGCCAAGAUGCAAAAAAAGAAAUCCGUCAAAAACACAAAUUUUCGGUUAAUGCUGAUAUGAUCCAGAUCAGACGGAAUGAUGGUACACCUGCAGUGAUUGCGACAUAUGAUGGACAACGUCGUCUUCAUAUGUUUCUAAUUGUUUUGCACUGA